UCUGGAAAUCGGAGUUGAAGUAAGAGGAGAUCCCACGCAGUUCUUAUAAAUAACAUCCAUUUAUAUUAAUUAUUAAGGUUCUACCAAUUCGAAGGGAGAAUACGAAGAACGAACAAGAGUUUAGAGUCUGUUUAUUGAAGUUUCUGUUUAUAGAGAAAAACAGUAAUAUUCUUAAAACAGUAAAUGGAGACCGGAGGCAAUUCUCUGCCGUCAGGUCCUGAUGGGGUGAAGAGAAAGGUCUGCUAUUUUUAUGACCCAGAGGUGGGCAAUUACUACUAUGGACAGGGUCACCCCAUGAAGCCACAUCGCAUUAGAAUGACCCAUGCCCUUCUUGCCCAUUAUGGUUUGCUUCAGCACAUGCAGGUCCUUAAGCCCUUUCCUGCCAGAGAUAGGGAUCUAUGCCGCUUCCACGCGGAUGAUUAUGUGGCUUUUCUACGCAGCAUUACCCCUGAAAGCCAGCAGGACCAGCUCAGGCAGCUCAAGCGCUUUAAUGUGGGUGAAGAUUGCCCUGUUUUUGAUGGCCUUUACUCCUUCUGUCAGACUUAUGCUGGUGGCUCAGUUGGUGGGGCUGUGAAAUUAAACCAUGGUCUUUGUGACAUUGCUAUCAAUUGGGCUGGUGGCCUUCAUCAUGCUAAGAAGUGUGAAGCGUCUGGCUUUUGCUAUGUCAAUGACAUUGUCCUUGCAAUUUUGGAGCUUCUUAAACAGCAUGAGCGUGUUCUCUAUGUGGAUAUUGACAUUCACCAUGGUGAUGGUGUGGAGGAGGCAUUUUACACCACUGAUAGGGUCAUGACUGUUUCCUUUCACAAAUUUGGAGAUUAUUUUCCUGGUACAGGGGAUAUACGUGAUAUUGGAUAUGGGAAAGGGAAAUACUAUUCCCUUAAUGUUCCAUUGGAUGAUGGAAUAGAUGACGAGAGCUAUCAUUUCCUAUUUAAACCAAUAAUCGGAAAAGUAAUGGAAUUCUUUAAGCCGGGUGCUGUGGUUCUUCAAUGUGGUGCUGACUCAUUAUCUGGGGAUAGAUUAGGAUGCUUCAAUCUUUCUAUCAAGGGCCAUGCUGAGUGUGUGAAAUUUAUGAGAUCAUUCAAUGUGCCAUUAUUGCUAUUAGGUGGUGGUGGUUACACCAUUCGGAAUGUUGCUCGCUGCUGGUGCUAUGAGACAGGAGUUGCACUUGGAAUGGAAGUUGAUGACAAGAUGCCACAGCACGAGUACUAUGAGUACUUUGGUCCAGACUAUACCCUCCAUGUUGCUCCAAGUAAUAUGGAGAAUAAGAAUUCACGUCAAUUGCUGGAUGAUAUACGGUCCAAGCUUCUUGAUAAUCUAACAAAGCUUCAACAUGCACCCAGUGUCCCAUUUCAGGAAAGACCACCCAAUACUGAGCUCCCAGAGGUGGAUGAGGAUCAGGAUGAUGGAGAUGAGAGAUGGGAUCCAGAUUCUGACAUGGAUGUUGAUGAUGAGCGCAAGCCUUUACCAAGCAGGGUGAAGAGAGAAUUAAUUGAGGCUGAGCCGAAAGAUCUGGAGAGUCAGAAAGGAGUUGCCGAGCAUGCUAGAGGCUUUGAAACAACUGCAGAUGAGACUGCUGGUGGAAAGGCUUUAGAUGUGGGUCCAAUGCAAAUUGAUGAAUCAAGUGUAAAGGUUGAACAGGAGAACUUGAGCAAGACAGCUGAUCAAGUGUUCUCCAAAUCAUAAAUCCAAGUCCAAAUCAGGCAAUUUGUUUAUGUAAACAAGUAAGCAUUGUUGAAUUGAUGGAUAAAAACCUAAUUGAUUUUGUUUCCAAAUAUAAAGACAUUGUGAAGAAGUGGACAAUUUAUAUGGGCUAA